ACACCGUGAAAUCUGAAAUGUUCGAUCAGGUUAUGCUGUGCGGUGCGGGAUUCGUCGGAAUUCGUAGGUGUUAGGGUUUUGAUCGGAAAUCCGAAUUCGUAGACGGCGGCGGCAAUGCUGUCGAAUCACUUGCAGAAUGGGAUCAUCGACGGGCCGAAGCUGGCCUGGUCUCGCCUACCGAACUUGGAUGACGCCGAGAACGACGUCAUUGGUUUCAGGAAGAAGGGCGACGAAGGCGGCGGCGUCGAGAGCCUUGACUAUGAAGUCAUCGAGACCUAUGCUUAUUGGGAAAAGCAGGUGCAGAGAGGGAAGCUUUAUGUUGGAUAUUAUGUGGCUGUGAAGUGGUUCUUUGCUUUGCUUAUCGAAAUCGGAACUGGUUUGAAAAGGUAACCUGUGGAUGUGCAGCUGGAGUCUCUGCUGCUUUCAGAGCUCCUGUUGGUGGUGUACUAUUUGCACUGGAAGAAGUUACAUCUUGGUAGAGGAGUCAACUUAUGUGGCGUGUAAUUUUCACUUCUGCAAUUGUGGCUGUUGUGGUGCAUACUGCAAUGGGAUGGUGCAAGAGUGGAAAAUGUGGACAUUUUGGCUCAGGUGGCUUCAUAAUAUGGGAUAUAUCAGAAGGACUAUUCUUUUGAGGAAUUCUUGCCAAUGGCGGUUAUUGGGGUCAUUGGAGGUUUACUGGGACUUCAGAUCUGUCGAUGGGACUAGAAAUGGAGUUUGAGAAAAAUUGCAGAGUGGGUCUGAGUCCCAACACUGUUCUUCCAACUCAUCGGCAUUCCUGUGUUGAAAAGAGGAGCACAAAAGAAGGCCGCCACGCAGAGAUGAUCUAUUGAGUAUCAAGGAGGGGUUUGUGGAAAUCAGCUUUCAGCGCUAUCGCAACACUGAUUUGUGUUGCUCCUUGAG